AAAAAAAAAAAAAAAAAAAAAAAAAAAAAAAGAGGGAAAAAAAGUUCCCCUCCAACGCUUGAAUUUCCCCUCCGUUUAUGGGUCGGUAUCUGUUUAGCGGGGCCCGGCGAUUUUCCAGCGCCAUUUUCCAGACUCUGCAGUCCUGCGGUCCACAAAAUAAUUGCUCUUCCUUAUACAGUCGUCCCCGUCCUCUCUCGCAUUUUAAUCCCAGGCGCUCGCCCUUCCUUUCUCGACGUUUUAGUACGAACAACCCCGUCGCAGCUAUGGCAUCUGCUGCAGACCUUACUGUCGCCGUGGAGGGGCUCAAGCUGCAGUCCACCACUGAGACCUCGAAGUUCCCCAACUCCUUCCCUUCCUUGAACCCCAUCGAUAUCUACAGAGAGCAUAUCGCCGAGAAGCUGGGUGCAGCUACCGAUAUCGACCCUGAGAAGAUCUAUACUCGUCUGCAAUGGAGUAGCACAUUGGACAAGGGUGAUCUGUUGCUGCCGGUCCCCGCCUUGGGUAUCAAGGGCAAGAAGCCCCAGGAGCUGUGCGAAGAGCUCGCCAAGAAGUUCCCCGAGUCCGACCUCGUUCUCCCUCCUACUUGUGUUGGCAUCCACUUGGUGUUCUUCUUCAAGCCGCAACCCUUGACCCAGACUGUUGUGAGCCGUAUCUUGAAAGAGAAGGCCGCCUACGGUACAAAUGGUAACCAGGGUCUGCGUGAUCCCUCGGACCCUUCUAAGGGCCAGAAGAAGAUGAUUGUCGAGUUCUCCUCGCCCAACAUCGCUAAGCCUUUCCAUGCCGGUCACUUGCGUAGUACCAUCAUCGGAGGUUUCCUGGCCAACCUAUACACCGUUAUGGGAUGGGAUGUCAUCAAGAUGAACUAUCUUGGUGACUGGGGUAAGCAGUAUGGUCUGCUUGCCAACGGUUACAAGCAGUUCGGUAGUGAAGAGGCGUUGAACAAAGACCCGAUUAACCACCUGUUUGAUGUUUACGUCAAGAUCAACAACAUCGUCUCCCAGCAGGAGGGACCCAUCAAGGAGCUGAAGGAACAGAUCAAGGCCAAGAAGGAGAAGAACGAGGAUGUCGCCGAACUCGAACAGGAACUGCAGAAGCUCGUGGACGCCAGUGAGGACGAGAGUGCUCGCCGCUACUUCAAGAGCAUGGAAGACGGUAAUGAAGAGGCAUUGGCUCUUUGGCGCCGUUUCCGUGACCUCAGUAUCCAGAAGUACCGUCAAACCUACGCCCGUCUGAACAUUGACUUUGAUGUCUACUCUGGCGAGUCUCAGAUUAAGAAUGAGAGCAUGACUGCUGCCUACGAGACCAUGGAGAAGGCCGGCGUCUCUGAGAAGUCUGAGGGCGCCGUCAUUGUUGACUUCACUAAGCACGGUGCCAAGAAGCUUGGAAAGGCUAUCAUUAUCCGUAAGGACGGCACUCCUCUCUACCUCACUCGUGAUAUUGGUGCGAUUACGGAGCGUGACGAGGCCUACCAUUUUGACAAGAUGAUUUACGUCGUUGCUGCGCAGCAGGAUCUCCAUCUGGCCCAGCUAUUCAAGAUCACGGAACUGAUGGGCCACAAGGACCUGGCUAGCCGUUGCCAGCACGUCAACUUCGGUAUGGUCCGCGGAAUGAGCACUCGUAAGGGUACCGUCAAGUUCUUGGAUGAUAUUCUGAGAGACGUUCGCGACAAGAUGCACGAAGUCAUGAAGAAGAACGAGGAGAAGUACCAGCAAGUCGAGAACCCCGAGGAGACGGCCGAUAUCCUGGGUAUCACCUCCGUCAUGGUGCAGGACAUGUCUGGCAAGCGUAUCAAUGGCUAUGAUUUCAACCUGGACGCUAUGACCUCCUUUGAGGGUGACACCGGUCCUUAUCUGCAAUAUGCUCACGCCCGUCUCUGUUCGAUUAUUCGCAAGUCGGAGCUGAACAUUGAGGAGUUGGGCUCCGCGAACCUGGAUCUCCUGACUGAAACCCACGCCACGGACCUUGCCCGUAUGCUGUCACAGUGGCCCGACGUCCUGCUGAACACCACCCGCACCCUGGAGCCAACCACCAUCCUUCAAUACCUGUGGAAGAUGACUCACAGCCUGAGCUCCAGCUACGAAGUGCUCAAGGUCGUGGGCAGCGAGCCAGAGCUGAAGAAGGCUCGUAUGGCUCUGUACGAGUCCGCUCGCCAGGUCCUACACAACGGUAUGAGGGUACUGGGUCUCAGCCCCGUUUCACGUAUGUGAGGAACGAAAGAAAAAUCAUGAUAAAGACCGUAGAUUACGGUAGAUUCAUAAAUACCAGCAUCUGUUUCCUUCUCGUUCUUAGCAUUAUAUUGGAGAGCAAUUGAAUUUGGGCCAAGAACUUUAAUGAAUGGGCUUUGUUGAGAUCUUGAUCGGCCGUACUCUGUAGACCAGUUAUUUUUGGGGCAUUCGAUCUGAAACCCUCCGCAGUUGGCAGCCUCAGGCCGUGAUUCGCUCAAUGCGGGGAAACCCCGAGCGGUGAGGUGGGCGGCGAGAGAUACUGCCCCAUUGCCCCUCCAUGUAACACCACGUGAUGAAUAAAGCGGGACGUUUUUGGACAGGAACGCCAUGUGAUUGGCUGACCGCGUGACUCAGGGCAAUGAAAAACCGUCGUUGGGAAAAAUUUCUGCUGAAUCUUUUGGCCUCCCUCGAGGC